CCAAAAGCAAAAGUUAAUCGCACUGUAUAAAAGUCACAGAGUCGACGGCAAACUGCAGUCAGCACCAUGCAUGGCUUCUUCGAAUUAGUCGCUUGUCUUGCGAUUUUAGCUGUGGCGGAGGGAGCGCGGCGGGAGAUUUUCUCCUUCAGUGGUGAGGACGCCGUCUUGAGCUGUGAGGCGAAAUCAAAGCCCGACGUCCAGUACCGUUCCGUCAUGUGGUACAAGGUUUCUGAAGAGCCUCAUCAGCUGCUAUCUGGACUUGUGAGGAAGAGACUAACUGAUAACAAUGGCACGGUGGAAGAAUAUAAAGGUGUCGCACGAGAGGUCAAGCUGUUUGAGAGCUCAAUGAGCCUUUUUCUGUCUAAUGUGACUGCAGAGGACAGUGGGAUAUACAAAUGCUUUCUGUCUGCUCCCCUUGGCCAUCAGAACCAAGAAGGUGAAAUCCUCCUAAAAGUCAGUGAGUUUGAGAAAAAUGAAUUGAAUGGAAACGAUACGAUUUAUGGAGUUCUGGCCAUCACGGUACUCGUUAUUGCAUUCCUGAUGUUCUGCAUAAGCUAUGUUUGUUUAAGGAAUGCGUUUCAAAGUAACAAGAAAGACUCUUUGGUGAAAAUACAGCAUCAAGGCAAGAACGUGAUCGUCUCCAAUCAUUUGAUAUGCAAGACAAUGCCUGAAGUGUAUGUGUGAUGGUAACCAGGAUACAUGGAGUGGUGUCCAGAAGAAGUUAAAUGAAGCUUUGUGCACUGGACAUGGAGAGUCUACAGAGCUUGUGCUGAAGAAAACCAUGGGUUGACGCACGGCAAGGUGCAAGAGCAUCAUCAGCAUCAACAUCUUCAGAGAGUAACAUAGUGAAACCGUAAGACCAAACUGAAUAUGCUUUUAUUAUGGUUGCUUGUUGGUGAACACUGUGGAGGUGGAGAAAGACUAUGUUUGCAUGUUAUGCUUGGAGAUGAGCGCUUUUCAGGCAUGUCGACAGGUUUUCCACCGAAGAAAAGAGAUGAUAGUAAAGUUCUCAGUCUGUAUAGACAAAUAAAACACUUUUAGAUAAUUUUUGCAUUUUUUUUAUGUUGUCAUGCUUAUAGAAAUACAAACAAAAAAACUACCUCAGAAUAUUUUCCUGUUGUUAAAAAAUAUACAUGAUUCAAUGCAUUUCCUUUAAUUAAUUUGGGAUAUGUCAAUGUCAUUCUUUUUAAUGAUAUGGAGGUAUUGUGCGUUUACUGAAUAAAGUUGAUGAAAACUUCUUUA